AUGUCAUCAACGUCAUGUGGUUCACUGGAUUCUUCGUGUUGGCCGACAGCUGAUGAGAUGAUCAGUGCUGAAGACGACAGUGAAAAUUGGACCGUGGAAGAGCUUAAUCUGGAUGGAUCUCCCAGUAUGAACAGCAGUAGACUGAUUCCAGAAGACGCUUACGUAUUGCCAUUCAUCACGGUUGAGAGAAAAGGAGAAAAGUUGCAGUUCGCCGCUAAAAAACCUCGUAAAACUUCUAUGUGCUCAACCUCUUCUUCCGUGUCGUUUGCAGCAACGACCGGAGUGACCGUAGAAAACGCAUCCACUCCUGCCGAAAAAAUGUCUCCUGAAAUUCUCAAUAAUGCUCAGGACCACUCGACUACUUCGUCUAACUGUGAACAGAUGCCUACUCUGUCUCCAGUUAACCAAAUGGCUGAAGCUAUGGAGCCUCCACCUAAAAAGAGCAGAAUUGUCGAAUCGGAGGCGGUAUCAUCGACUAUACGAAUAACGCAUAAUGUACAGGAUGUACCGACUAAAAGCGUUCUGACUGAAAGGACUGUGGCCGCCGGGUCUGGUUCCGUGAAAGACACAAGUUUACUCUCGUUGACAAUACUAUUUAGCGAUUCUAAUUCCACAACGUCAACUGAUCUUCUGGAAGAACCUGAGCUAUGUGAAGUAGCCUCUAGUUCGCGGUCACGAUCGCCAUCAGUGGUAUACGAUAGUGUAGGGGAAGAGGAACAAUUCGAAGUAACACCUCGUAUCACUCGGAGCAGAGCUGCAGCGAUUGAUUCAUCGAGAAGUGAAGCUUCGGAUUAUCAUGCGGUCGUCAGCCAACUCCUGGUUCAACAAAGGCCAGAAACACCAACCACACCGACAGGAUGUUUUCAACGUCCAGUUCGAAUUCGUAGGAUGCGCCUAAGUUCUCGAAGUAGAAAUUCAUCAGAGAAUGAAAGCGGAGUGAACAAAGGAAGUCCCGCAAAGUAUGCUCCUUCAAAGAGUGCUCCAAUGAAUCGCCUAGACUCAGAGAAAUCUCCCUCAAUUGACAGUACCCUACCACUUCCUAAGGUCGUUCCUUCUGUCAAGGGAAAUGUUUCAAAAAAAGAUUCCAACACGCUUUCAAAGAAAACUCGUGUGGGACCUAAUUCUGCCAGUAUUACCCACUUUCAGCAACCUCCACUGAGUCAAGUUUUUGGGAGUCCGGUCCGCAGAAAAAUAGAUGUAGAUGAAUGGGUUCGCGAAGGGGAUGGCAAAUACACCAGGGAGGCUGUCGUGAUGUUUGAAAAAAUUCAAGAAGAGGAACAGAGAUUGAGACAGCAAAGACGGUCAGAGAAAGGUGGCAUUGAGUGGGUGAACCUGGGUGGACAAUACAAGAUUAGGACGUGGUUCAGUGGCAAUUAUCCUGCAGAAUAUUCUAAUUUGAAGACUAUUUAUGUUUGUGAUGGUUGCUUCUCGUACUUCAGUCAUGAACCAUCCCAGAUACGUCACAUGACGAAAUGUUUUUAUCGUUACGCUCCCCCAGGAGAUGAAAUAUAUCGUGAUAAGAAAAAGGACAUAUCUGUCUUUGAAGUGCGUGGAACAGGAGAUCCUAUGUACUGUUCCAAUCUUUGCCGCCUGACAAUGUUGUGGCUGGAAAAUAAAGUCAUCUUUAUGGACGUAGAACCGUUUGAUUUUUAUAUCCUGACGGAUUUCUUCAAGGGCAGGUUCAGACCACUCGGCUACUUCAGCAGGCAAAGGCAGUUCUUCACCCACAACCUUUCCUGCUUCUGUGUAUUUCCUUGUUAUCAGCGAAAUGGUUAUGGUACCUUCCUUGUGGAUCUCAGUUAUUUGCUGUCUCGUAUGAGCGGAUUGCCGGGUGGACCUGAGCGACCAUUUUCGAUCCAAGGAAGCCAAGUUUACAACAAGUACUGGUGCGAUAAAUUGCUUCAUCUUAUCUAUACCAAAAUGCUAAAGCUUGGCUGGGAGAAUAUGCGUCUGGAUAUUGGAGAACUUUCGAAAGAGACAGGAAUUCGAGAGGCGGAGGUUUUAGAAGCCUUAACCGGGCUGUGUAACUGCGAGAUGUCAAGGAACAACAGAUCACUCAAUGUGAGAAUCAGUGAAGAUGCUGUGACAGCAAUUGGAAAGUAUAUUGAUGAGAGGAAUCGGUCAAGAUUGUUGGCGAGGGAAGAGUUUCUGGAACGAACGUUCAAGGAGAGACUCAAACUCUAUUCCGCAGAGGCGAAUCUGUCCUAA